UUAAAUAUUUGAAACCAUGUCUUUAGGUGAAAGUCAGUGUGAUGCCACCACAUGCAGUAAUGGAGGGACCUGCUAUGACCACGGAGACACUUUCCGCUGCGCCUGCCCUCCUGGAUGGGGAGGAAGUACAUGCAAUACAGCAAAGAACAGUACUUGUGCGUCCAGCCCCUGCCUGAAUGGAGGAACAUGCGUGGGUGGUGGUGACACGUUCACCUGCAUCUGUAAAGAUGGCUGGGAGGGGCCCACCUGUGCUCAGAACAUCAACGACUGCAACCCUCACCCCUGCUACAAUGGAGGAAUCUGCGUGGACGGGGUGAACUGGUUCCGCUGUGAAUGCGCCCCUGGAUUCGCUGGACCAGACUGUCGAAUCAACAUUGAUGAGUGCCAGUCGUCACCCUGUGCAUACGGUGCCACCUGUGUGGAUGAGAUCAAUGGCUUCCGAUGUGUUUGCCCACUCGGUCGCACCGGAUCUCAAUGCCAAGAGUUCAUUGGCAUUGGGAAGACGUGUCACUAUGCUGGACUUCAGUUCCCGCAUGGCAGCCGUUGGGAGGAAGAAUGCAACACUUGUCAAUGUGUCAAUGGCAAAGUGGAGUGUACCAAGGUGGUGUGUGGCCGGCAGCCGUGCCUGUUGCCAGGGACGCCUGGGAGAGAGCUUCACUCCUGUUCAGGAGGUCGUGAAUGCCUGGAGCACAACUUCCUGACGUGCCUCUGCCCCCCUUGUCACCAGUGGGGGUUUUGUUCAAGCCCUGAUUCCACCCCAAUCAUCCAAACAAAAUGUGAGCCCAACUCAGUCUAUCUGGACAAGAGCUGUGCUCGCAUCACCCUAAUAUUCAACAGGGACAAAUUACCCACAGGAACGACUGUGGAGAACGUCUGCUCAGAGCUGAGGUAUAUGCCUGCCACACGGAACCUGGCCAAAGAUCACACGCUGUUGGUUCUCUGUGACCUCUCCUACAAAAACCAAGAUGCAGUAGAGGUGGCCAUCUCAUUCCAGCAGGACGAGCAGCCGAACCACAGUCAGAUCCAGGAGGCUGCUAGUACCAUAGUCAGCACGCUGUCCAAGCGGCACAACAGCACCGUCAUGCUUGCCGUCAUCGAGGUCAAAGUGGAAAUGCAAGUGGUUUCACAGCCAGUGGACUACCUGGUGCCAGUGUUGUGCGUCGUCCUGUGCAUACUCUGGGUCUUCUGCGUCAUUGUCUGCGUGUGGUGGACCCGUAAACGGCGAAAAGAGCGCGAGAGGCGGGAGCGCGUGCCUGUGGAGGAGAGCGUCAACAACCAGUGGGAACCCCUGAGGCCUGUGACACGGCCACAGCACAAGGACAACCGGGACGCACAGUACGAGCGCACCAAGCUCAUGGGCUCCCCAGAUCGGACCUGCACAAGCGGGGAGGACGAGGAGGAGAUGGAGGAGGAAGAGCUGGAGCUGGUGGAAGAGGAGGGCAAGUUCCCCAUCCAAAAGUACUCUAAACCUGCAGCGCGGGCCAAGAACGGGCUGAUCUGCACCAUGCGGAGCAGCGGCAGCAGCAGCCCUUCCCUCAAAGCACCCUACUGGACAGGCUUCAGCCCAAAGGACAACAACUGUAAAAAUGUCAAUAACGCCAGCACCGGCCAAGAGCACAAAGAACACUGCGUAUGAGCUCCGACGAGCAGGACAAGGAGACCAAGGCCAUCUCAGAAACAAAGACUGAGUUUUCCCCAUGUGUUAUUUUUAUUUUUGACUUCUUUUGAGGCUGAUAAAGUGGCAAAUUUCUUUCGUUCCCUUUUUUAUGUACAGAGAAAGCAAAUUCUCUUUCUUUAUAAGGAGGCGGUGAGAAGCCUAGCUUUGUUUUCGGAGUGAAAAAAAAACUGCUGGAUUAGGAGCAGGACUAAGGAACUCGUGAGAGAAACCGUAUAAAGACUUUUACGUUGUUGUUUACAAAUGGUUGUGCUUUUGGUUUUGUUUCGAGUGGCCCAAUUUCGGUUCAGCCCACGUGCGGGGGCGGAGGACGCUGUCUUCGGGGGAUCCCCCUUCAACCGUUCAUCUGUUCUCCUUCCACGCCUGCCUUACGAGCUCGUCGUCCAUGAGGAGGGCUACAGUGCCUAUAAAGUGGCCUUGUUUUUUUUUCUGUCCUUUGUCGUCUUGGCUGAACGCUCCUUAAAAAAACGGAUUGCAGUAUUUUGAGUCGGUCGCAAGUGCCUUCGGACAAGCCCCUCGGUUUCAGGGUCCCCUGACCCGAUAGUUCACGACUAAGAGGAGAGGCUGGUCUUAAGAGCAGCUCCCAUAUCACCAUCAAGGUAUUCAACAAAGACAAGAGAUCUGUAAAUAUGUGUAUAUAAUAAAGGAGUCGCUGUGUAUAUUUGAAUUUAGUAACUUAAGCAACUUUUUUUUUUUAAUUAUAAUUAUGAUUUAAAUAUUAUGAUAAUCAUUUCUUUUUGUUUUUUUGUUUUUUUUACACCAUUCCUUUUAUUUAUGCCAGCUGAUAUGGCAGGUUUUUGUAAGAUGUAUACAGCGUCCCACAGUCAGAACAAAAAUAUAAUCCGAGAUCAUCCUCUUAUGUUGUUGGUUUUGUUUUCUCUGGACAUCUAUACGAUCGUGUGCUGUACUGUGGCGUGUGUGUUCGCCUCCUUAAAGACCCCUAUUCCCUUUCCACACCUGUCCUUUCUUGCUGAUCAAAAAACCAUGCUGCUUGUUUCUUGUAAAGAUGCUGAUAUGUCAAGAUGAUGUUUUCUCCUCGUUUGUUUGUUUGUUCGGUUGGCCCGAAACUUCAUGAAGGGAACAAUAAUGUUGUCAAGCAUUUGUACUUGAGGUACCAGCUCAAAGAAAUGGAUAACCUCGGAAACACCUGGCUAUGAUUUGGUUUCUUUCAUCAUGAUGUAAAAAUAUUUUGAUUUUGGCUUAUGGGAAGAUGAGAAACGUUUAAAACUGUUCCUGAAAAAAACUGGUUCACAAUCAAAUGCAAGUAAACACACAUAUAAAUAAGCAAGUUAAGCUCAAUGUCCGUUAUGGAAGGGAGCUGGAGGAGAGUUUUUUUUGCUUUGCUUUGUUUUUUAAGCUGUAAUUUUAUUAUUAUUAUUAUUAUUAUAUAUUUUAUUUUUUUUUUUGUACAGAAGAAUUGCUCUGAAAAGAAGUUAUUUGGUUCAUUUAGUGGAAUUUAUGUUUGUUCUUAGAAAUAAAUCCAACUAUUUAUUAAAGCAUUUUAUAACGAUGUGCU